ACCAACUUAAUCACACAAAAACUGCAACAAUUUCCAAAAUGUGGAUCAAAAAUGGAUUUGCUGUUUUGAUCACGGUGGUGUGGAUGAGUGGUGGUGUGACGGCGGCGGAGCAGUCGUUAGGGGAGCAGUGUGCGUCGAAGCUGACGGCGGUGAUGACGUGUGUGGCGUUUGCCACCGGAAAAGAGGCUGCGCCGCAGCAGAAAUGCUGUGACUCGGUGAAGGAGAUGAAAGAUAGUAAUCCAGCGUGUCUAUGUUUUGUUAUACAGCAGAUUCAUAACGGUACAAAUCCAGCUUUGCAAAAGAUGAAGAUUCAAGAGAGCCGCCUUCUGCAGCUGCCGGCGGCGUGUAAGAUCGCUAACGCCAGCAUCACCGAUUGCCCAAGGCUUCUGAAGCUACCAGCAAAUUCACCGGAUGCGGCCAUAUUCACUAGUAAUAGUUCGAUCGUCCCUACGACGGCCGGAGGAAUGCCAUCGUCAACGUCGUCGUCCCGUUCAGAUGCGGUGAAGUAUGAUGCACCGCUGGUUGUAGCUUCCAUUUUCAUUCCUGUAACAUUGUUGUUAGCUACAAACCUUUUAUUUCCGAACCUAGAUGGCUAAGAUCUUAAUUAGGUCCAUGGCUUGGCUUUUGGUGCUUAAUUAUUAUCUUGUCCAUGGUUUGUGGUUUAGUCUUUGUUUGAUGCAUUGGUUACUCGAGACCUUUUCUUAAAUUGGAUAAUGUUUGGUAGUUUGAUUUUUCCAUAAUAAUGUUUUUUUAAUUUCGUG